CAUACUGUGAAAUGCGUUCAAAUAUGAUACCGUGAUCAGCGUUUUCUACGAAUCAAUUUUAACAAGUCAUACAAGGACACGUACCGGUGAAAAACUGUACUUAUGUAAUACCUGUAAUCAAGCAUUUUCAAAGAAAUCAACAUUAAUAAUUCAUACAAGGACACAUACCGGUGAAAAACCGUUUAAAUGUGUUAACUGUGAAAAAGCGUUUUCUAUAAAAUCAAAUUUAAUACGCCAUACAAAGAUACAUACCGGUGAAAAACUGUUUAAAUGUGAUACAUGUAAUCGAGCUUUUAAUCUUAAAAGAAAUUUGGAAACGCAUACAAUGACACAUACCGGUGAAAAACCGUUUAAAUGUGAUAACUGUGAUAAAGCGUUUUCUCAGAAAUCAAAUUUAGUUAGCCAUACAAAGAUACAUACCGGUGAAAAACUGUUUAAAUGUGAUACAUGUAAUCAAGGUUUUGCUCUUAAAAGAACUUUAAAAAUGCAUACAACGACACAUACCGGCGAAAAACCGUUUCAAUGUGAUGACUGUGAUAGAGCUUUUUCUCAGAAAUCACAUUUAACGAGGCAUACAAGGACACACGCCGGUGAAAAACCGUAUAAAUGUGACGACUGUGAUAAAGCGUUUUCAUGGAAAUCACUUUUAACAGAACAUAUAAGGACACAUACCGGCGAAAAACCGUACAAAUGUAAUAGCUGUGAGCAAGCGUUUUCUUAUAAAUCAAGUUUAAUAAGACAUAAGAUGAUACAUACCGGCGAAAAACCGUACAAAUGUAAUACCUGUGAUCAAGCGUUUUCUCAGAAAUCACAUUUAACGAUCCAUACAAGGAUACAUACCGGCGAAAAACCGUUUAAAUGUGAUAACUGUGAUCAAGCGUUUUCUCAGAGAUCAAUUUUAAUAAGACAUAAGAGGAUACAUACCGGCGAAAAACCGUACAAAUGUAAUACCUGUGAUCAAGCGUUUUCUCAGAAAUCACAUUUAACGAUCCAUACAAGGAUACAUACCGGCGAAAAACCGUUUAAAUGUGAUAACUGUGAUCAAGCGCUUUCUCAGAGAUCAAUUUUAAUAAGACAUAUGAGGAUACAUACCAGCGAAAAACCGUUUAAAUGUGAUACAUGUAAUCGAACUUUUGCUCUUAAAAAAACUUUAAGGCGGCAUACAAUGACACAUACCAAAUAAAUACCGUAUAAAUUCGAUAUCUGUUACCAAUUGUUUCCUCUUCGAUCACAUUUAAAAAGUCAGACAUCGAUACAUGCCGAAGAAACCUGUAUAAAUUGUGACGCAUUUGUGAUAUUACGUUUUCUAAAGCGACUAAAGUAUCUAAUU